UGUCACGCGAUUGAAAGUUGUCACGUGGUCUUUGAGGAACUCCCGAUACUGUUCUGUCAGGCUAGACAGUGAAAUAUAAGUGUACAUGCUAUAGCAGUUAAUUGACAGUAUUGUAUAAGAAAAAUAUAUAUAGAACGCAAAUUAAAACAAGAAAUAUGUUUCUGAAUCCGAUGAUUCCGCCGGUAUUUAGAGAAAGCCAAGUUAGAAUUUCCAUCCUCUUCUUUUGCUUUUUCUGUACGGCUGUGUCUCUUGCAAGUAAACCAGCAGGUGAUGUGAGGAACCAAACCAAUGUUGAGAAGGAUGCCUUCAGAACCUGGUCCCUGGUCACAGACAGUCAGACUACAAACAACAGUACUGAACUGGCUUAUGGCUACAUAUCCUGUGCAGUUUCUGUUGUCUUUUUUGGGAGCAACUUUGUUCCUGUGAAGAAAUUUGACACUGGUGAUGGAAUGUUUUUCCAGUGGAUUCUCUGUGCUGCAAUAUGGAUUGUUUCUUUAAUUGUGAAUAUAAUACUUCAAUGUCCCAAAUUUUGGCCUCUUGCUAUGCUAGGGGGGGUCAUUUGGGCAACUGGUAACAUUACAGUAGUACCAAUACUUAAAACCGUUGGUUUAGGACUUGGAGUUUUAAUUUGGGGAUCAUUUAACCUGCUAAUGGGAUGGGCAAGUUCAAGGUUUGGUUGGUUUGGGAUAGACCCUGAAGAAGUUGCUCAUCCCCUCCUGAACUACUCUGGAGCAGGCUUGUCCUUGUUGAGUGCCCUGAUUUUUUUCUUUGUAAAAAGUGAAGUUCAGCGUUCCGCAAGUUCAACAGAGACAACACCAUUACUGCUGGAUAGUAGAAUAAACAAUAAUGAGCAGGGUUCUUUGGAUGAGUCAUGGGUAGAUAAUCUUACACCAAAGAAGAAACGAGUUAUAGGCUGUGCAUUAGCUGUGGUUGCUGGACUGAUGUAUGGCGCUGCUUUUGUCCCUGUACUUUACAUCAAGAAUCAUGCAAAAAACAAAGGGAGUAGAUAUGUAGGAGCAAGCCAGUUUGACCUUGACUAUGUUUUUGCACAGUUCUCUGGGAUCUUUCUCACCAGCACAGUGUAUUUUCUGCUUUACUGUGCAGCAAUGAAGAAUAAACCUAAAGUCUAUCCUAAAGUAAUAUUACCAGGUGUUGCUUCAGGUGUAUUAUGGGCAAUAGCUAACUGCUGCUGGUUCCUGGCCAAUAACUACCUCAGUGCUGUUGUCAGCUUCCCAAUCAUCACAGCUGGUCCUGGUUUGAUUGCUGCUGUUUGGGGUGUUUUAGUGUUUAAAGAAGUCAAGGGCCUACGAAACUACCUUGUUUUGAUUGUGGCAUUCUGCAUCGUUGUGACAGGGGCAUUGUUAACAGCAUUUUCAAAGGUGUAAAUUGAGCAUAUUUUCUUUUGAGCCACAAGAUGGGGCUGAAUCACAGAGUUCUGCAGGCUUUUCAGGAAAAUUUCUACAGCAUCAGUGACAAACAUUACAAGAAACAAUGGACUUUCUAUCACAGAUUAAACAAAAUGGGGUUUUUUUUGUUUUUUUUAAUCUUCUAAUUAUUUUUGCACACAAAUACAAUGCAA